AACUGCAAUAAAAUCGCUAUGAGAGUGCAUGUGAUACAAAAUUUAGUAAAUAGUUAACGAUGAAUACAUCAAGUAUGAAGCAUGUCGUAACCUUCGACGAAAAAUGUAAGGAAGGUAAGUCAAGAACAAACUUAAGAAUGGGUAGCAGAGGAGUCGGGGACAUUCCAACUAUAUUUCAUCCUCAACAAACUCAUACUUCAAAUAUCAUUCUUGGUGACAAUCAACAGAACCAUGGUCCCCAAAGCAGUAUUGGUCAAGUUACUCAUGAUAAUUCUGGACGUGAACAGCAACAAGGAUGUAGUGUUACCGGUGGGUGUGGUGAUUCCGCUGCGGGUUGUCGUCCUCUGGAGACAAGCGGAGGCGCCGCUGAAGGAACUGGUGGUAGUCAAGGACAUAAUGCGAGCCAAAUACAAAUUCAACCUCAUAUGUCAGCACCUUCUGUUACGUAUCAACAAAGAUCGAAUUCUUUAACAGCUUGUUACGCAUCCUGUUGUGCUGAAUCCGCAAAAAAGAUAUAUUUUGGAGUAUGUGUAACAAUAUUUGUCACAGCAAGUUGGGUCGGCGCAACACAUUGUAUCAAAUAUUUAUAUUUUCACAAACUUGACAGUCCGAAUUAUUUAUCAUCUUCGAACUCGUCUGUGACAGAACUUCAUGAUCAGCACUCGGUUCCAUACAAUGCGCCAUUCUUCACAACGUGGUUUUGUACAAACUGGGAAAUACUUUACUUCCCUAUUUAUUUUCUCUGUCAGGCGGCAAGAAUCAAAUGUAACACUCCAUCGGAAAUAAUCGCAGAAAAUUUGCGUGGAUUCCGCGAUAAAGGCUUUACUAUUGGUCGUUUUUUGAUCAGAUGCAGUCUUUUUUGUGGACUCUGGGUGGUCACCAAUUAUAUGUAUAUUUAUUCGCUCAGGAUAUUAUUAGCCACCGAUGUAAUGGCUCUCUUUGCAACAAACGUAUCCUGCGCUUACUUAUUAUCAUGGGUCAUCCUUCACGAGCAGUUUGUUGGUGUACGGAUAGUAGCAGUAAUUUUAUGCAAUACUGGGAUUGCACUCUUAGCGUACAUGGAUGGAAUAACCGGAAGUCCCACCUUGGGAGGUGUUGUUUUAGCAACAUCUGCAGCGGCUGGUUCCGCAGUCUACAAGGUGCUGUUUAAGAAAGUUAUAGGAGAAACAACAUUUGGGCAAAUGUCUUUGUUCUUUUCUCUUAUUGGAUUGUGCAAUGUAGCAUUGUUGUGGCCAAUUUGUUUGGCGUUAUACUUUUCGGGAGCCGAGAGUGCACACUGGGAACGGUUACCAUGGACAGCAUUACUUUUAGCGAGCAUUCUUCAUUUAGUUGCGAACAUGCUUGGUAACUUCAGUAUUGCUCUGACAUACGACUUAUUUAUUACGUUGGGGCUGAUCACAGCCGUACCUGUGUCUGCUGCGUUAGAUGUUGUUUUAUACGGAGCCCAUUUUGUGGGCAUGAAACUAUACUCGUAUACUGAAAGGAACUAUCUUUAUGAACAGCCUAACAUAGCAUAUGACAUUUAG